CGUUUCGACUGAAGUUCGGGUUGCCUUUGCGUGACGUCAUCACCCCGCGCCCAGAGCUGGGUCAAGUAAAUAGCUCCGCCGUGUCGCAAUGGACUCAAACAAGGACGAAGCGGAGCGUUGCAUCAAAAUCGCACUGAACGCAGUCAGCAACAACCAACCGGACAAAGCCAGGAAGUUUUUAGAGAAGGCCCAGCGUUUGUUUCCGACGGACCAAGCCCGAAACUUACUGGACACGCUAGCGCACAACGGGAAGCCUCCGGACCAGAAUGGCGGACCCGCUAACGGAGAAAGAGCCUCCACGAGGCACCGUCAUCACCGAGAGGACGCUGAAACGUCCGCGCAGAGGCCCGCAGAUUCGACAAAACCUUACACCGCCGAGCAGAUGGAGGCGGUCAGGAAGAUUAAGGGCUGCAAAGAUUACUACCAAAUCCUGGGGGUAGAAAAGACCGCCUCCGAUGAAGAUCUCAAAAAAGCGUACCGGAAGCUGGCUCUCAAGUUCCACCCUGAUAAAAACCACGCGCCCGGAGCCACCGAUGCAUUUAAAGCCAUCGGUAAUGCCUACGCCGUGCUGAGCAACGUGGACAAGCGGCGGCAGUACGACCAGUACGGCGAGGAGAGGUCGCACCCGAGCAGACAGCGGCAGCACCGCGACUUUGAAGCCGACAUUUCGCCAGAGGACCUCUUCAACAUGUUCUUUGGCGGAGGCUUCCCAUCCAGUAACGUACACGUUUACAGAAACGGAAGAAUGCACUUUGCGCACCACAACAGGCAAGAGAGAAGAGAGCAGCAAAGAGACGGAGGCCUGGCUCUGUUUGUCCAGCUGAUGCCCAUCCUCAUCCUCAUCCUGGUGUCUGCGCUCAGCCAGCUGAUGGUCACGCAGCCCCCCUACAGCCUUAGCUACCGCCCGUCGGCGGGUUACCUUCACAAAAGGCAUACGUCCCACCUGAAGGUGCCUUUCUACGUGGGUGAGCGCUUUGACGACGACUUCAGCGGAGCCAACCUGAGGAAUGUGGAGAGAGCGGUGGAGGAGGACUACAUCUCCAACCUCAGGAACAACUGCUGGAAGGAGAAGCAGCAGAAGGAAGGCCUCAUGUAUCGCGCCCGCUAUUUCGGCGACUCGGAGUUGUACCAGAGGGCGCAGAGGAUGGGGACUCCCAGCUGCAACCGAUUAUCCGAGAUCCAGAUCAUGCUGGACGCUUAGAAGCUGUUUGGACUGUUACGGAAUUAACGAUGAGCACCGCAUCGAAAUGUUCAUUGUUUGACGGAAUUAUUCGAAUUGUUUCAUCAGUGAGUGGGCGCUGUUGAGCUGAGACGACUUGAUGUGCGUUUUAUGUUCGAAAAGAGGGAGAGCGGUUCGAGGGCUCCGUUUGCUGCCCAUCGCUAGCAUGUAGCCCAGUUUUGUUUGCGUUUUGCAAGCGCUGGCACCGGCAUUUCUGCUUGAGAGUCAACCGUGUCGCAUUUCCGCCGACGCAUUUUAGUGCAAUGACCGAAGGAGUUGGAAGACUUCCUCCGCCGCGUGACCGUCGAACUUUGGCCGCGGAAAUAAAAGCGGUUUCCUGCAGCGUGAGCAACAACACUUUUGACCUACGUUGAAGGUCAAGCGUAUUUGUCAAUAAAAACGGUCCGAUGGACGUUGCUGAUUUCAAAAUCAGGAUGACGCGUGUAUUGCUCAUCCACGAUCAUUAAAUCAAGCAUUGCGAAAUGUUUUACCGAAAUAACAAUUGUUAAAAGAACACUUUUUUUUUUAAAUUGCGGUUGAAAAAUAUUAACGCGUAAAACGAAAAAAUCUGAUUUGAACCCGGACAGAAGCGUUGGGACACCUCGAUGGUGGUAGUGGUAAAUCUUUUCAGGUUUUUACUGCCACGUAAUAGCGCCUAUCUUCUCUUUUAGGUCCUUUGGGUACUUGAAUCGUUUUGGAGGACUGCAUCGGUAGCCUCAGCCCCCCCCCCAAAUCGGAGCGCAUGUGUGCAGCAAACCCAAGCGAAUCAAAACAAGCCUUACGCAUUGUGGGCAGCAGACCUGAUCCGGGAAGCGCUCGGCAGCUUCCCGUGGACCGCCGACUUGGCAUACAACAAGCCAGGAGGCUUCGGCUGACCUUUUCUUCCCGGGACGGCGAGGGUCCGCGGGUCGUCCCCUUUGGAGUAGGAAACAAAGCUGCUAAGAUUGUGAUUUUUUUUUUCUCCCCUCCCCUCUCUUCUCCAUUUUGAGAACCCCAACCGGCCUUCUCAUAGACACACGUCUGAGCCGCUCAUUAGUUUUGCUUUUUGUUUUUCUAGUUCUUUCCAAGUGUACAUAUUGACUAGACUUUUUAACAGUGCAGAAUUUAUCAACGGUAAUCUCAUUUAUUAAUAAUAUGAAGUGACUUUGCUCAUAGCCCGUCGGAUCAAGAUCGUUUAAAAAAAAAAAAAAAAAUCUUGCACAGGUAAAACUUAUUUAUUAAAUUAACAAGUGAAGAGUUGUAUUAUGGUUUUCUUUUGAAAAUAAAUUUUGUCUGAAA